AUGAGCAACCAGCCAUCAUUCCCAAUUGACGAAGACAUGGACCCUCGUACCCAUUUGCUAAUAGCAUUGGGUUAUAUUGACAAUGGCGAGCAAGGAGAUCAUAUAAGAAGGAGCACCACCCUGACAUCGAUACCACCAGCACAUCUUGAGCUGUUUAUGAGAAGCAACAGGAACCUGGCAAGAGAUGAUGAAGAAACAAUCCCGUCGCCUUCUGAUCAGCCGUCCAUGUCAAGUCAAGGCCAUCCUCAUCCACGACGACAACAACAGCAGCAACCACUUACAGGAUCACCUAUGAGUUUUGCCAGUCGACCGGAAGACGAGGAAACCGUUGAUGAAAUGGAAGAACGAAUGCGUCGUACAAUGAUGAUCCCAUUCAUCAUGUGCUCAGGGGUUAAUGAAGACAACAAGCAAUUGUUACUGCGCCAAGUGGAACAAAGUGAACUGCAAAUGAUGGAAGUCGACGAUAUAACCAAUGGAUUCGACACCGUCACGCACAUCAUCGCGUCUAUCAACAACAGGCGCCGCUGUGAGCGAACCAACGAAUACCUAUGUGGUCUCCUCCAAGGAAAAUGGAUUAUUGACGAGACAUGGAUUACUGAUAGCUGUGACCGAGGAUACUGGUUACCAGAAGAACCUUAUCUUGUACACGGGGAUACAGCUAGUGAACACAUGGAUGCACCCAUGCUUGCACGUCGGGCACUGGUUGAAGGAAGGGCAUUACCUUUCAUUGGCUUACAUUUCUACUUGCAUGGUGAUUUCAGAGACCUUAUACAAAUGAGAGAUAUUACAAUCCUUUGCGAAAUGGGGGGAGGAACCCUGGUGGAUCACCCUAACGUGGAAAGGUGUGUGGCGAUAGUCAGCAAUGGAAAUGAGCAUACAGCUACCAUAAGAGAAUUAAAUCCUUAUGCUCUAAUACGGACUGUCGAUUGGUUCAUAAACACUGUUAGUAGAGGCAUCGGUAGAGCCCUUCCUUAA